AUGGACAAGCUUCACUCGUUCUUUGGCAGGAAAAUGUCUAGGGAAGCUGACAAGAUACUCCUUGGAGUAGGGAGGGAGAAAGACGAAGAGCUUGGCCUGAAAAUGCAUAUCGAAAACUCGGAAAUAGAUGUAAAUUCCCUUUCUGUCUCUGCAUUCUGUUACGAGUUCGGGAUUGGAACCACUGUCGAUAUGAAGAAGGCUGAGAUGAGAUACACAAAGGCAGCAUUAAGCGACAAUGGGCUUGCACUGAUCAGACUAGCAUUCAUAAGGAAAUUUGGGAGGCCCACAGCAAUAAUAGAUAGGCAAGAGGCUGAAAAGCACAUUGAUAAAUUAAAACGCCUCGGAAGAAGAAGUUUAGACUGGCUUCUUUAUGCAAAUAAGCAUGGGAACCUUUAUGCUAAGUAUUGUUUGGGAGUAUGCUAUCAGGAAGGAUACGGAGUCCCUGUAGACCCUUUGCUGGCUGUGAAGUACUAUAGCGAGGGCGCCUAUGAGGGAAAUGUUUGUUCAAUUGGGAUACUUGGGUACUGCUUCCUGAAAGGAUUUGGAGUUGAAAAAAACGAAGAGAUAGCUGUUGAACUGUUUAGAUAUGCAUCUGAAAAAAAGGACUCAACUGCACUUUACAACAUAGGCUUCUGCUAUGAGGAAGGAAGAGGUGUGGAGAGAAACCUCAUUAAGGCAUUUGAGAUGUAUAAACUGUCUUCAAAGAUGGAGAAUUCGUAUGCUCAGAAUGCUUUGGGAAACUGCUAUGAGGAAGGAAAGGGUGUGGACAGAGAUUUCCAAAAGGCCUUUGAGUUCUAUAAAAAGAGCGCUUUGCAGGGAUACCCGUCGGGCCAAUGCAACCUUGCAUUUUGCUAUCAGAAAGGAAUUGGAACCAAAAAAUGUUUACAAAAGGCUUUUGAAUGGUACAAAAGAGCAGCCAUGCAAGGGCUCAGCAGGGCGAAGCAUAACAUCGGAUAUUGCUACCAAAACGGACUGGGGACUUCUCGUUGCAUGUCAAAAGCUAUUUAUUGGUAUAAACAGUCUGCGUCCGAAAACAAUAAGCACUCAAUACAUGCAUUGGGCGUCUGUUAUCAGCAUGGGUAUGGGGUGCCCAAGGAUGAGGAGCUAGCAGUAAGAUACUUCAACGAAGGUGCGAAGGCCGGCUUUGAUGAAGCGAUUAUAAGUCUUGCAUUAUGCUACAGGUCUGGGACAGGUGUCAGAAUAUCUCCAGAGAAAUCCUUCUCACUCAUGAAGAGGGCAGCAGAGAUGAACAACUCCUCUGCUCAAAAUACUUUAGGAUACUAUUAUGAAGAAGGAUUUGGAACAUCCAGAAACAUAAAGGAGGCAGUAAGGUGGUACGAGACGAGUGCUAAGCAAGACAAUUCAUGGGCACUAUUCAACCUAAGCAGCCUAUACUUUAACGGGGCCCACGGCCCGCCUGAUGAGAAGCUUGGAGUGAAGCUGCUAUCUAGAUCGAGAGACCUGGGAAAUCCCAGAGCUGCAAAUACUCUAGGAUAUUGCUUUGAGAAGGGAAUUGGGGUUGAGAAGAAUCCAAAGCUUGCCUUUGAGCACUACACCCAAGCACUGAUGAAUGGAUAUUCGAAGGCGGGAUAUAAUCUUGGAAGGUGCUACGAAAAUGGCAUUGGAACUGGGAUAGAUAUAGACAAGGCUUUGUAUUACUUCUAUAGGGCAUCAUCUGCCGGGGAGGAAGCCUCUCUUCAAAGGCUCAAGAAGAUACUUUCUUCUUUAAUCGAGCCGAAUCAUAUGACAAUUCCACCUUGUGCAUGA